AUGUUGGGUACUGAACAUUUGCCAAAAUGGCUGCUUUACUCAGCGACCUCAUCAUUUUUAUGCAUAUUAGGUUCUUUUAUGGUUCCUAUUGUUUAUGCGUCGUUCAGUUCGCACCGUGAAGUUAACACCAAACUAUUAAACUAUGGUCUUUCAUUGAGUGCCGGUUCAAUGCUAUGUACUAGUUUGUUGAAGAUGCUUGGUUCUACGGAACAGGCCAAUAGUGCCAUUGUAUUCGUCGGAUUUUCAGCCGGAUGUUUGAUAAGUUUCAUACUUAAUUACAUUGUGCAUUCGUAUACCAGCCAAAGUUUGAUCCAUUGUGCUCAUUCUGACGAGGGUGGUGAGCUGAUAUCGGACAACUUUGAUGAUUCUCAUUUGUACGAUAUGCAGACCCAUGCCCAUAGACUCAGCCAUAGCCAUAGCCAUGGUCAUAGCAAUAACUACGGUUUUGGUGCCAGCGAAGUCGAGAAUGAUAUUCCUGAUCCACAACAUACCCAUAGCCAUCAUCAUGAAAUGCUUCCAGAACAUGAAGAAGAAACAACUCCGUUGAUCAACCACAGUGAACAUGAACCUGUCAUCUGUGCCACUGUUAAACCCAAACCAUCAACUUCUUUGUCAGAAUAUCAUAAUGCCAAUGACUGUAUCCCUGUCGUGAGAUCGGCUACUAUUAGCUCGCUACCGCUUGCAAAAUGUGGCAGUGAAACGAAACCACCAGCGUUGUGUAUCGAACCAAAUAUUGGUUAUGAUUUAGAGAAUUUGGCAAUUUACAGAGAACAAUUUAUGUCUAAAGGCGACUCCACCAUGGACAGCCUGUCAGAUCACGGCACGGUUUUACAUGAGAAUGACCACAGACAUGUAAUGGAAACACCUUUUUCGAAACUUCUUUCGAUCGGUAUCCAGACUUGUAUGGUCAUAUGUUUGCACAAGUUCCCAGAAGGCUUUAUCAUUUUCUAUACAAAUCCUCCAGAUAAAGUUAGUGAUGGUAAACCUGAUAUUGGUUUUAGUAUAUUUUUGAGUUUAGCGGUCCACAACUUUAUAGAAGGCUUCGCUAUGACUUUGCCCCUAUUUACCGCAUUGGAAACAAAGUGGCAUGCAUUACUAAUUACCGUGAUUCUUGGUGGUGGAUCUCAGCCUUUAGGGGCAUUGCUUGGUCUUGAAUGGUACAAGCAUUCCAGCCCAGAUCACUCUCCAGAGUAUGCUACUGAGAAGAUGGAUUUCCUGUUAAGUAUAACGUCAGGAUUUUUGUUUGUUAUAUCAUUACAAAUGUUCCAAACAGCUGUUGCAUUUAGUGAUACCCACCAUCAUCAUGAAGGUGAGGAUAAUUCCACCAUCAGAGAACACCACAGUGCAGGAACAACAUGCCUGAAAUUCUGUUGCGUGGGUGUCCUAUUGAUAUUGGCUAGUUCUGCUUUACAGACAUUGUGA